AUUCAAAAUUUCGAAAGUUCGAUCGAAGAACGAACCGUUGAGCUACAAAAUAGAAUUCGAGAUAUUUUAUGCAUUUCUGUUCUAACUCCUAAACUCUCAACUUUCCUCUCAAAAAAAAUGGAUCCGUUUACAGAGGUAAAGUAAAACAUUCAUACUAUCUUGACUUAUGAUCUUUUCAAAAUGUUUUGGUGGAGAUUUUGUCGAAUAUAGUUGCAUUCGAAAUAUGGCCGUUUGUCUAGUUUGUUUAUGUUGUAGAUUGUUGUUAUUAAUUUGUUUGUAAAGAUGUGCACAUUUGGCUUUGUUACUCUUGUAUUUAGCUUUGAUCCAGCUAAUUGCCAUUUGUGUUUAUUCUAAAGCGAUAGCCUUCAAUUUUGUGGAGGAAUAAUAUCAUUUUGUAAAAUGACGUUAUUUCAAAUUUUCAAUACAGUGUUAAAAUUUAAAAGCCGUCUGUUGGCUGUGUAUUUUGUUUCUGUUGAUAUAUUAAAGCAGUGGUAUCUAUGUUGUUUUCAAACCAUAAUACAGAUAGUAAAUGAGGCUCGUGAAAUGAUACUUACACAAUAUGACACAAAAAAUACAUGUAUAUAAACAGAACUGUGAUUUUAUAAUGUCGAAAAAUUGGUACCAGUAUAGCAAUAGGUAGCGACUAUAACAAGAACUUCAACGUUUUGAGCGAAAACCCUUUGUUGGGAUGUUUGGCUACUAACUUCCCAAUGAAUGGCUUUUGCUCAAGAUGUUGGAGUUCUGCUUUAUAAUUGUUUCAAGGAGUUUGUCUCUUUCAAUGCACAGCUGUCCUGUGAUUUUAUAGUCGUUUAUACGGUGCAUAUUCAAAAAUUUGAUACAAAUUCCAAAGAUUCCAUUGCACUCCCACAAGUCGUCAUAACAACAUUUACAGGUUCACAGUCCUUAACCCUAGUCAUGCCUAUAUCAACUGAUUCAGGGAUGCUAAUGUACCUGUCAAUGUAACCUGCGAUCACGGUCUAUUUUACAAAUAAUAGCCUGACACAAUCCUUAAUCCGAUCGCUUUCCACCCACAGCAAAGUUUAUAUUUAGUAUCCAAUCAAAAUGUCGCAGGAGAAAUUUAAAUUUCACACAACGAUAACAACAAUCUAAUUAUAGUUGUGAUCACUAUAAAUAUAUCAACGACAAUAUAUAAUGUAAUUAGCACCAACCAAUCAAAUGACAGAUUAAAAAAUCUUUUGUCUCAUAAACCAAUCAGAUUUACAACCGAAAUACGGUUGUAAAAACAUGGACUUUUGUUAAGAUUUGUAUCAGGCCUAUUUAUUUAUUUAUAGGCCUGAUCGCAGGUUACUGUCAAUGUGAAUCUGGGGGGGGGGGGGAAAUCAUAUGUAAAAUCAGAAUGAAAUAUUUGUAAUAGUAUCAUUUUAAACUUGUUUCUCAGGGCCUCCUAAAUUGGCAAAUGUCUGGUUGCCAGAUGAAAAAUUUGGUUACAUUUGGUGACUUGGAACCCAACCCUUGUGAAGGUUUGACAAAUAUUCUAAGUGAUAACUGCUGUUAAUACUUCUUUUUAUAGAAACUGUUAGCUAGGACCCAGGCCAGGAAAGCAGCUUUGGCGAAGAAACGCGAGGAGGUUGCAAGUCGAAGCCCUGUUGUCACCCCGCGUCGUCCAUUAGCAGAAAACAACCCUAAACCUCUUGGUUCAACUCCUGUUAGAAUUGGAACUACCAACACUAGCACCCCUGUUAAACCAUCAGCUGGUACACCCGUUGUUGUCAAGUCAACUGAACAUGUUGCAGGGACUACGAAAAGCGUUUUCUAUGAGAAGUUUGCAAAGCAAGCGAGUCUUCAGCAGAAAGAAUGUUUCAUUGAGUUAGGUGAGGCUAAGAAUGCAUUGAAGCCCACCCCUAAGAAGAGGGAACUGUUACAGAACGGUGACAAGGGUGUAGCACACUAUGACAUUGUUGGGUCAGAUGAACCAACAUUGAAGAAAGUUGUAAAGGAUGACACUGUAAACACUGACAGUCCUUCUGUGAAGGUUUGUAUUCUUUGUAAAUUGAUAAUUAGUGAUGUGCCAAUUAAUCAUUUUGGAGUAAUGAGGAAGGAAAAAUUUAACCCAAUGGCAAUGCAACAUGUAUGCAAGACUGAUAAUAUUAGCAGCAAAACAAUAAUCAGCUGCCAAUAAUUGGUAUAAUCUGAUUAUUUGGUAUAAUAGGAAUUGGCCUUCAAAUAAUAGGCCUGAGUAAUUGGCAUUUUUUGUGAUUGGCUCAUUUUUAUUAAUAUGGUAAUAAUGUUCACUUGAUAGCUAAUUUUUUUAGCAUCCCUAAUCUUAUAGGACAGAAAGGCAUUGUACAUGAAACAGGUCCAAGAUGAUACAAAUAUUGCCUCUGUUAAAGUAGUUGCUAAUCAAGCUGAGCUGAAGACACUGCAGGUUUGUCUAUGCUAGAUUUUUAAUAGAUCAUAGUAAAAGAGAGAGAUUGCACAGAGACAGAUAAGACUAAGAGAAAGAGAGAUUACUGCAGGUUUGCCUAUGCUACAGUAGAUUUUUAAUAGAUUUUUGAUUAUCUAAUUCUAAUCGAAUUUUCAUUGGCAGUAAUGUCAAACUCGCACCUGAACUCACAAUACAUAUUGCAAACUGGAAAAUCAGUCAAGUCCUCCACCAUUUGAUCUUCGUUUCUCAAAAUCAAAACAAUGCCAAUUUGUUGGACAGAAUUGCUUUCCAUGGUUCAACAAAUCAAAAUUGUUUGUAUCUGGAGGUCUGAACCAUCUGAAAUUACUGAAAAUGAUUAACCAGGGCGUGACAGGGCGUCGAUCUUUUUUAUUAAAUGCUCCGCGUUUACGAACGUUUUUGGCAAUUGGCAUUGUUAUUGAUAAACAAUCAAUAUGGUUCAUACGUAACUAUGAUCGUGGUUGCUUCCCUUUGUUAGUACCUGGCUAAUUUCAUCUUAAUACUCAUUAAAAAGGUUAAACCAAUUGAACCCGAGAAAAUUUUCCCAUCCGCAAAGGAACCUCGAUCUAAUCUUACCGGUCGGCGAUUCUUCAACGACCCUCGCAACAACACGUGUGAGGACCCUCCAAAACCCGCAACGAAGGCGACACCCGCAACCAAAGUAAUACCCGCAAAGCCACCACGUGUUACAGUCACGGCCAAGGUCAUCAACCCAAAACAGCCUGUGGCCCCAGAACGAAAGAAAUCCGAGGGUACCCCGACUAAACCUCCACGUGCUGGUCAAAAUGUUCCGCCUUCCAAACCGCCAAGAGUCCAGAACUCUUUGUCCAUGAAUAAUGCUGAGAGUGACACUAAAGUGAAGCAGUCCAGUGUCUGCAUAAGUCUUAAACGGCCGGCUCCCGUUCCACCAAGCGAAGAUAUGACAGGUAUUAAGUUAUAUGACACUCUUGCAUGAUACUUCAUUUUAUGCAACUUGGGCCGCAACAUGACGUCACUACACAUGUGCUAUUGGGCGGCAUCUUGGUUCGUUUCUAAAGGCCGUUUUCCAUUAACGUUCGCUUUGCCAGCGCGGGCGAAGCGUUCAUUGUUUUUGACGACCGUCACGCCCGUGUGAACAGAUUUUCAAAGCCCGCUCCGCCCGCGCGGACAAAGCGACUGCAAUGGAAAAUUGCCUUAAGGCGCCGUUUACAUGAUCGCGCGGUUAGCCAGGACAGGGUGGAAGGCGUGAUGAUUUUGAUGUACAUAUUGAAACAGUAAAUCACUACUACACUUAAACGAAAGUUCAAACAACGCCGGUAAAUAGAACUCGAAUGUUAUUAAUAACAUCUCGUAUAGUUCAAGAAGAUUAUUAUUACUGCUUGAACAACCUUUCGUUCACAAUAUUAUACUAUAAUCUAUCAGCAUCGUGACUUAUUUCAAUACAUUAUGUAAACAGCCCCUUAAGUUUAAUUUUUACUAAUUUAACAGCAUGAAAACAGUUUGAAAACGAAAAUCUUAAAGCUUGUGGGGUUUUUUUCAAAAAAGUUAAGUUUGCCAGAAUUGUCAAUUAAUUUUGCAAGGUAAUAAAAUCUUCCUGCGAAAUGCGAAUACAACUUUCCGGCUGGCUUCAACGGUUUUUAUGCGAUUCUUUAUGUAUAACCAAAAUAUUGCCUGACAGUUUUAACUGCCCAGUUUCAACCCCCAUUUAUAAUAUAGGUGAAGCUAAGGGAUCUGUCCAAAAAGCAUCGAAACGUUGCGAAAGUGAAGCGGAAAGUAACAUUCCCGCUAAGAAAUCAACGCUUGAGAGAAACAAAGAUGCAAAAACCGCUUUGGCUUGUACAACAACAGAGACGGUAUCAAGCCCAAGAAAAGGUUUACUUGCACCUCCAGCUCAAAGUCCUGCGCAACAGCAGUGCAACAAUGGCGUAACAACAGUAAAUGAAAGCACGCCAACUCACGACGGACCGAAGGAAGAUUUCAAACGUUCGUUAAAAUCACAAAAGAUUUCCGCCAUAAGUUUGAAUGAUAUGGACACGUCGUUGAAUUCUCAUGAAAUAACGUUUAAUAUAUCCAUGACGGAAUUUGAUGACGCCCUGGAGGAGGAAAAGAAAGCCAUGUUUCAAAUGACUUAUGAUGAAAGUAUCAAGAAUGCCGAGAAAGUGCAGGUAUAGGAACCAGUUUGUUUAGUUGCCAUUUCAAGGAAAUUUUUAUAGCACAGCCAUGUAAUUUGGGCACAUCCCAAUGGGGGGACACUUUGGGGGAUUUAGGUUGCCAUCAUAUGACCACCUUUUGUUGCUGGAAAUCUUAGUUUUUAAACUUUUUGCUUUAAAUUUCAUGCAAUAUAUAGUUUAAUCUAUAUAGCCUACCUUGCUUUAAAUUCAUGGUCACAGCUUCGUCACCGCACAGUUAUUCAGCUAUCAAUCAAAGCCCCCCCCCCCCGUCAAACUUUUUAAAAAGGAAACUCAAAACACUAUUUUUUAGGCUACUUUGAAUUUUUCCUUAUAGGAAAAUAAAGAGUCGUGUGAUAUCCACAAUGAUUAUGACAUGACUGCUCCUGUCCAAGCAACAUUCAAAGGAGUUCAUAAAUCAGGGUAUCACAGUUCAUACAGUGAUCAAUAUGCAGCCGUUGUGACACCAAAGAAAGUUAGUUCUACAAAGACAAGAAACUUCACAGUCCACGAAACAAUCCAGGUAAUCUAUGAAAUACAUUUCAUAGGACAUAGGGUACGUUUACACCUUGUGAUUUGUUGUAUAAACAAUACUAUUCUCAUUUUGGUAUAUGAAAAUUGCUACUGACGUCACAAUUCCUCUUCAUUUAGAACUUUUUAUGACGAAAUUUGAAAUGCAGGGCGCUUGCAUAUAUAAGAACCCUGUUGAAAUGCAACAACUUUACGCGCGCUUAUUCGAUUACAUAUUCUGGUUGAUGAUGAUGUUGUUGUUGUUGUUGUUUGUCGUUGCUGUAGUUGUUGUUGUAAACAGUUGCUAUAACUGUCUUUGCUUUUCGGGUUCAUGUUGAUGUUGUAGCUUUGUCGUUGUCUUGGAUAAUUAUAACAGAAAUAUUGCUCUAAAGACACACAGUACUAGAAAUUAAAUCCACUGUAAGGUUCUUUAAUAGUAUUCCAGUUUGUGCUGUUUUCUAAAUUGUAUAGAAACUAUAAAGUCGUUGUUUCAUAUACAUGCAUGCAUAUUGUACCUUACCAUCUGGGCAAGUUUCCUGCCGCUUACUCAUGCAGGAUAAACUAUAUCUGGUAAGGUGAGAUAAAUUCCCAAGUUAAUCCCAGAUUCACAAUUUCCAAGUUGUGAUGUCUGUUUCAUGCCUUGGGAACAUUAAUUUUGCAAUAUAGUUAUGCACGGGGUAAAAAUUACAUCGGAUAGUUGAUAUUAGCCAACAUUCCUUUAUUAUUAACUAUCUCUAAGGUGAAAUUGUUGCUCAUGUUGUUGUUUUCCGUCGAGCAAGCUCAUUGCCAAUUGAUUUAAAAUCAUGUUUAGAUGUUACUUGAAGAAGCAGCGUAUCAACAAAAUAUAGUCCUACAAGCCAGUCAGGCUGUCAACAUGUGCUUGGCUCUACAUGAAGGAAUGAGUACAGGAUCUUCUGAAGAAGUCGAAGCCGAGAGAUUGUUGAGAUUUUCAAGUAUGUAUAUGCAUAGGAAGCAGACGGAUCAGGACGGGCAAUAUAACUAUCCGGGCAAUACGUCAAAUUGCAUGCUUGUGUAAUUUGUUGCUUUGAGCUUAUCUCUUUCAUGAUUAUACAUGUAGACACACGAUUAUAUAUCGUAUUUGAUUCCAGCUGAACGGCGCACUGCUUGUUUGGAUCAAGUACAAAAAUUGAAAACUGCAGAUGAAGAUGAUACAGUGUCAAUGAAGAGUGAAGAUAUGGAGGAUGAUCUACCUUGCAAAGCUACACUUAAAAUAUCAGGUACUAACUGGUAUUUAAACUUUGGGAAAAUAACGGGAUCGAAGUCCUUUUAUACAGCCUGGAGCUUUGGAGUUGUUAUAUUAAGAAUCUUUGAUAGAGCCUCUUAUAAUAAUUUCGUUGGUAGGAAUCAAGAUUCCAGUCGAUAAGAAGAUGCUGGCGAAUAAAAAUUGCUCAGGUUUGUCCACAUCAUUAAAUUCAAGUUUUUUUUGCGCCAAAUAUAUAAUUUCACCAUGCUGCGUUACCAUUGUCUUCUUUACCAUCCAUAUAUAUUAAAGUCAUUGUCAACAGGAGACAAAGAGGGGCGAAAAGUGGUGGAACAGUUCAAUUUAUUACGUAGUAUUUGAUAGAAAAAAUAGUUUACUGAUGAUCUCAAGCGGUCAAUAAAAACGAUAAUUCGCUCUUUCUAGAACCGUGUAUUUACAGUUUUAUUUGCAUUGUGAAACACACGCCGAAACAGAUGUAUUGUACCAAAGCAGUGUCGUUGGAUGAAGUGAAAAAUGGCUGCAUUACUUUUGAUGAUAAAUUUGAAAUGUAAGACUCAAAUAUAUUUAAGAAUUAAACAAAAUCACAAAUACCUCUUUUUAAUGAAUUGAGGGUUUGGAGUAAAGAAAAUUUGGAAUUUAAAACUUUCACUUUUUUAGAAAAAACGUCAAACCAUCUUUUACGUUGGAUAUUCACGUAUUUAUCCUUGUAAGUUGCGAGUUUUCUUUUAUUAAAUGUUUUGGCAAAAAUGUAAAUUUGUACCUCAUAUUAAAUCAUGAAGAUAUUUUUAUAGAAAACACAAUUGCCGGCUGUUACUCCACAGAAUAAGACUAGGAAGAAGAGUGUGAUUACAAAGGUACAGUAUAUAUAAAUACAAAGUUUUAAGUUGCGUAUCUCGUUGCCAUUUUAUCUUAAGACUAAAUAUUUUAAGCAAACGUCUAGCAUAUAGUCUGUGAAGAUACGAUGCUCUGGAAGCCUGGCAAACUUCAAGGCUACAAUCAUAGACAAUCCAGAAGACAUUUUGAAAAUUUUGAAUUUUUGUUUAAAUGAGCCCGCAAGAUCUGCAGCUGACCGCAUCACGGAUGGCGCGCGUAAAACAUUAGGCGUUUCCAGUCCCUGUCAUGUCCCUGUCUUCUGGAUUGUCUAUGCUAGCUACAAUAUAGAAGACCUUUGUUUGAUGUUGAACUGUAUCUCACCAUGCACAAAUCUUUGUCUCAAUUUCAUUAAAUGAAUUGAUCGUGGUUGCAAUUUUGACACUAAGAUUAUUAAAAUUGGUCUAGUACAACCAUUAUUUAUAUGGCUGUUUAAAAUAUUAACAAAGUCUGGUUCACAAAAUGGACAAUUGACAUUAUUCAUUAGUUGUGUACUAGUCCAAUUUUAACAAUCCUAGCGGUCAAAAUCUUCUGCCCUGUUUAUCUUCAAUUUGAUUAAUUUUAACGAUAUCCUAUAAUGAACUACUAACUAAUUUUAACACUAACCACUUAUAAUUUAAUAUAUCACUAACCGUUUCAAUAAAUGAAAAUGAUUUUAAAUUUAGUCACAUUAAUUUUUUUCGUCUUAAUUAAACUUGUGCUGAAUAAUCCAAUUGAGCCUUGAAUACAAUAUAUAACGAUCUCUACCAAUAUGGACUAACAACUAACAAAACUUUUCAUGGAACAAUGUUUUUUUUAAUGAAUCGUUGUUUGGUAUUUUCAUGCAGUCAGUUUUAGAUUCGCCGAAAAUUAAACAAUUCCUCAACAGUACGGUAUGUGAUAUUCAGAUGAAAUAUAUUAAUAAACUCCACUUAUAAAACGAUAUAAAACCUGUGUUGUAGGUAACGUUCACCAUGCAGGUGUAAAUUUUCGUUUAAAAUAAUUUUCUAGAUUAAAUUUAUAUGUAAAUUUUAUAUUGCACUGAUUUGGAUCUAAGCUUACGGAAUAAACGUUUUGCGCAGUACUAUUACUUGACAAAUGAAUAGUGUUUUCUACAAUAAUAAAAUGUUAUAUUUAUUGUCAUUGAAACUUACAAAUGACUUCUACAUAUAGUUUUUUGUAUGUUGCAGAAAAAAGGCAGUGAUGGUACCACGCAAGGUAACGAUUAAUGCAUUCCCCCCUUGGCCUUGUUUUCCACUUACCUGAAGAAGUGAUUAGAUAUUCAAUAACUUUUACCUGUUUUACCAUUCUUUGCUAAUUUUCUCGUACAUUCUACUGAUUUAAACUAAUUUGUUAAUUUCAUACAGCAGUAACACCAGGAUCAACACACGGUCCUGUGUUUCGAACAAGUGGCUUUGCACUCGCUUCUACAACUCAUAUUAACUUGGAAAAUAUUUACAGUCAAAAACAUCAAAUGCAUCAGGUAUUUUUUUCUGAAUCUUGUCGAAUGUGGAAACAGCCCGAUAUACUGUAUGCACUAAUCGAAAUAUUUUCCAGUUUGAAGAGAGAUCUGCGCUGACUGGGGAUAUCCAAAUAGAAAUUCAAUGUAAACCGGAAUACACGAAUCAAGCAAAAGGCUUCCUAGUAAGUUUAAUUCGUCGUAUUAAGCUAGAUACACCACUAAUUCACUAAUCGGGCUGAUACUUAAUCCCUAGUUUCUGUACUCUGCAUUAGUACAAGAGUUUUGGUCUAAUACCGUUUUUUCGGAAGCCGUAUUGAGUUUUAGAAAGAGAGAACACAAACGACAAUUUUGUUAUUGUUCCCUGUAUGUUGUAAAUUGUAAUCCUCUCUUGGGAACCCAAAUUCUCAGAAAGAAAAAGCAUUUUGCACCUUUGUACAGUGAAGGAAUAAUUCAACAUUAUGCUUUUUUUAGACGAUAUUUGAAGAUGUUGGUGGUCUGGGUGAUUGGCUAAGAUACUGGUGUAUACUUGAUGGCAACGUGUUGAAUUACUGGAAAUAUCCGGAUGAUGAUCUUAUCAAGGUAACCAUGCAGUUACAUGUCGUGCAUGUAACGAAAACUCGACUCAGUUUUAAUGGUUUGAUAUUUUUCAGCCACCACUUGGAUCAGUUAACCUCAGUCACUGCAUCAGCGAGUCUGUGACGAUAGUCCCCAGGGAUAUCUGUGCUCGGCCACACACGAUGCAGCUUGUGUUAGAGAAACCGCAGACAUCUUCUGACCGAGAGACUCUGAUCGCCGUGAAUGCAGGAGGAAAGAUGCUUAUAAAGUAAGAUAUCAACAUUUUGCGCAUCUCGAUAGAACUGAAUGAAUAUGGGAUUUUUGUAGAUUAUAUAAAUUUUCGUUCGAAAAUCCCAGCUACAAAAAUUCUAUAUGAAGUAAGAUACACUUUUUAGCAUAAUAACAAAACAUUUCUAAAGUGCAUCAAAACAUCAUUUAUCUUUUUUCUUUUAAUGUUUGAAAAUAAAUCAUUAAUGGUACAAUGCGCACACAUGCGCAAUUCAAUUAAUUUUCAGAAUAAUUGGGUGGAGUUUCGUAAAUUUUCCAAUAAAUCCAUAGUAGCCCCGCAACAAUCAGUGGUAUUAAUUCAUAUUUAUGUUCGAAAAAAUAUACUACUACUCAGUCCCCGACUGCAUUGAAGGCAAAUUCAAACGAAAAAUUGAUUGUAUAUACCAACGGUUUUCAACUUGGGGGACAUGUCCCCGAGAGGGGGGCAAAUUCCUAGGGGACACAAACUGGUCUAGGACUGAGAAAACAAUAGUUGAAUACAAUAGUUGAAUACAAUAGUUUGUACUAUAAACAUGUUUCCUUGAAUCAUUUACUAUUUUACUAACUAUUUCGAAAUUCGUGUUUUUGAUAGACUUCAGUGGGCAAUUUCUGUUCAGGGGACGUGGUAAUUCAAUCAUGUGAAAUCGGGGACACAUGAGAAAACCAGUUGAAAACCGUUGGUAUAUACAGUCAAAAUAUCCAGGAUUUGUAAAUCGUUUCGCUUACAUUUUAAAUAGCUAACGAACUGGAAUAAAUUAUACGCUUUCUCGAAGUUAUACUGUACAUAUUAUACCGCAUAAUUUUACAAAAUGCAUAAGGAAAAAUUGUUGGACAUGCAUUAAUUGUAAAAUCACAAUAUCAUUUUCUUCCAGGUACAUGCUAUCUGCUGACACAAAAGCUGAUAAAGAAACAUGGCUGAACACCAUUAAUGACUCACUCAAAGAUUGGAGAGCGUGGCAUCAUAAUCUGGUACAGAAAGUAAAACAGAGAUCACAGUCUGUCGAAUCAGACGUCAUUAUGCUGUAAGAAGGCAGGUCCAAUUCUGUAAAUUUCUUUGGGGCUGGGUCUAGCGGUGGCAUAAUAUUAAUAGUCGAACGAAUGUAAUGGUAUAGCUAAAUUAUCCGGCACAUAUAUUGCCAUCUUGGUCUCAAAAAGUGAACAACUUUGAAGGAACUUUUGGUGAUGAGAACGAAUUUUGAAUCCUGUAUGUUGGGAAAAUGCAAAUAUAAUCGAAAUAUAUAUACAGUAUAUAAACAUUGCACAAAUGCUAUGCCAAUAAAGUAGUAAAGCUUGAAUUUGCUGACUUGGAAAAUGUUUUUGAAAUCUAAACCUUUUCCAAAGCAUGCACAAAAUAGUUCCGCGUUUCGUAUUAUAUAGUAUAAUGUAAUUGAAGAAUGGAUCAAAGUGAACACAACACUACCAACCUAAGAAAGUUUAUAUUCGAAUAAUUAAUACUUCAGUUUAGGUUCAUAUUAAACGUAAAACAGGUUUAAUUUUGUAAACAUAUAAAUAACAUGAAUAAACGAACGCACAGUAGCUGUGUACGGUAUUACAAAAUAUAUUUUUAUACAAAAUAAAUCUACUACAUAUGUUCUAAUUAUUAAUUCAAUACAACAAAUUAGUAAUAGUUUAGGAUGUUUAUAAAAAUGGCAAUGCUACACGAUACACCAGGCCAUUUUUACCUCAACUUGCAAUCAUGCAAUUUCUGACCUAGAGCCAUGUUAUCUAAAUUGUAGUUAAAUGAGUAUGUUAUGUAAAGAAAGUGGUCGGCAGAGUAGAAUGCCGACCAUCAUGCUCACAUUUUACUGUUUAGAUAACAUGGUUCUGAUAUCCGAAAUUGCGUUAAAACUUGCAGAAAAAACUGUCUCGUGCAGCAUGGCCUUAAUUAUUGUUUCUUUACCAAAUGCUUUGUGCCCCUAGUUUUGGCACAAAAAUUUUUCAUGACUUCCUCAGUCCGGCACAGGUAAGGUAAUGUUGUCAAUUAACUGUCGUGCCUGAACUACCUGAGAAAUUAAAAACACUUCCGACAGUUUGGAACUUUGCAUCCACUGCUACUAAAUCCUUUGCUCGAAACGUCUAGCGGUUUUUAAACUUUUUUCAUGCAGAUAGUUUUAUACUUUUGAAAUCAUGCGAUACAGUACUGUGCCAGGGUGUCUUGCCAAUGAAAACUGUGGAAUGGUGGGUGGCUUCGAUAAAAUGAAUCGGUCUAUAAGCUUUCUUGACAAACUUUGGAAUUGGAAAUUCAUAAACUUUGGAAACUAUACAGAUCUCCAGUCCAAGACAGAAUGUCAAACUGUAUCAAACUUUACAAAUCAUAAUGUAUUUACUAUUAUGGAAAACUUAAGUCAGUUAUGCAGUCUAAGCAUUUUCAUACAAGUUUUCUGUACUACGAGUGACUUGAUGUAACCUUGGUGGUGGUUGGUUAGGUGCGUCGGGUAAGGUGGAUACAUUCUCUUGACCAGCUUCAUAACUGACUAUACAUGGCUUCCAUUCCUCGCCAGCCAGUGCUGCACCCAGAUAUAUGAUACUCGAUAUGCACAGACAUGCUCCACCAAGGAGAGUUGACAGAAGAAAUCCACAGGGAAUUGAAAGAC